GUGCCGUGCUGUGGGGAAGAUGGAGGAGGCGGCGGAGGGGGAACUGAUGUACCUCAGUGUGGCUGAGCUGCCGGCGAGAGGCUACUCCGCCAUGGAGGAGAUCCGGCGGCGCGGCCGCCUCUGCGACGUCACCCUCAAGGUCGGGGAGCACAAGUACAGUGCUCACCGCAUUGUGCUGGCCGCCUCCAUCCCCUACUUCCAUGCCAUGUUCACCAACGACAUGAUGGAGUGUAAACAGGACGAGAUCGUCAUGCAGGGCAUGGACCCCAGUGCCCUCGAGGCCCUGAUAAACUUUGCCUACAAUGGCCGCCUUGCCAUAGACCAGGGGAAUGUGCAGGCCCUGUUGAUCGGAGCCAGCUUCCUGCAGCUUCAGAACGUGAAGGACGCCUGUUGCACUUUCCUUCGCGAGAGGUUACACCCCAAGAACUGCCUGGGGGUGCGGCAGUUUGCGGAGACCAUGAUGUGUACGGUUCUGUACGACGCAGCGAACAGCUUUGUUCACCAGCACUUUGUGGAGGUUUCCACCUCAGAGGAGUUCCUGUCGCUGCCAGCGGAGGAGCUGAGCGAGCUGCUGGGCCGUGAGGAGCUCAACGUCAGGUCUGAGGAGCAGGUGUUUGAGGCAGUGUUGGCCUGGGUGCGUUACGCUCAGGAUUGCCGUGAGGAGUUGUUGCCGGAGCUGUUGAGGCGGGUGAGGCUGCCGCUGUGCCGGCCACAGUUCCUGACCGACCGGGUUCAGCAGGACGAGCUGGUCCGCUCCUGUCACAAGUGCCGGGACCUUGUGGACGAGGCGAAGGAUUACCACCUGAUGCCCGAGCGCCGGCCACACCUUCCCUCGUUCAAGACCCGACCGCGGUGCUGCACCUCCAUCGCUGGCCUCAUCUACGCUGUGGGUGGCCUCAACUCUGCCGGUGAUUCUCUGAAUGUUGUUGAGGUGUUUGACCCAAUCGCUAACCGGUGGGAGCGCUGCCAACCAAUGGGGAGUCAGCGCAGCCGAGUGGGUGUGGCCAUGGUCAACGGGCUCCUGUACGCCAUUGGUGGGUUUGACGGCCAAUCCCGGCUCAGCACAGUGGAGGUGUACAACCCUGAGAGCGAAUCGUGGACCAGAGUGGCGAGUAUGGCCACGCGGCGCAGUGCUAUGGGGACGGCGGUGAUGGAUGGACACAUCUACGUGUGCGGUGGCUACGAUGGAAUCUGCUCCCUGAGCUCAGUGGAAUGUUACUCACCAGAAGCCGACAAGUGGGCUGAGGUCACCCCUAUGAGUGCGUGUCGCAGUGCGUCCGGGGUCUCUGUGUUCGAGGGCCGCAUCUACGUGUCGGGGGGGCACGACGGGCUGCAGAUCUUCAACACGGUGGAGUACUAUAACCAGCACACUGCCGCCUGGUACCCUGUGAGCAGUAUGUUUAACAAGCGGUGUCGGCACGGGGCAGCGGCCCUGGGCAGCCAGAUGUACGUGUGCGGUGGCUAUGACGGCUCGGGGUUCCUCAGCGCCGCCGAGGUGUACAGCUCCGCCAGCGACCAGUGGAGUCUGAUCACCACCAUGAGCACCCGGCGCAGCCGAGUCUCCCUCGUCCCCAACUGUGGUCGUCUGUACGCCAUCGGCGGCUACGAUGGUCAGUCCAACCUCAGCUCCGUGGAGAUGUACGACUCCGAAUCCAACCGCUGGAGCUUCAUGGCCCCCAUGGUCUGCCACGAGGGGGGGGUGGGCGUGGGCUGCAUCCCCCUCCUCACCAUCUGACCCCGGCCACCCCCCCCUCCCCGGGGAAAUCCCACUCCUCACCAUCUGACCGCGGGGGGAAGGGGUGA